ACUAAGAUCUUCCGACCACCACAGAAAGCGCAAUUUAAAAAGACCAAUUAUAUAGGGACAGGCAAAUUCGUGCGAGUUCCGAACACAGUCGAAAUGGCGCUCCUGGUUGAUAAGCUGCGGCCGCGCUCGCUUGACGCGCUUUCAUACCACCCCGAUCUCUCUGAUCGGUUGAAGUCGCUGGCUCAAAGCGGCGACUUCCCCCAUCUCCUCGUGUACGGACCAUCAGGAGCAGGAAAAAAGACACGAGUGAUCGCGACACUGAAAGAAUUGUACGGGCCCGGCGUGGAAAAGAUCAAGAUCGACGCGCGAGUGUUCCAAACGACCAGCAACCGCAAGCUCGAGUUCAACAUUGUCUCCUCCGUCUACCACCUCGAGAUCACGCCGUCGGAUGUCGGGCACUACGACCGCGUCGUCGUGCAGGAGCUGCUGAAGGAGAUCGCCCAGACGCAGCAGGUCGACCUGUCAGCGAAGCAGCGGUUCAAAGUCGUGGUCAUCAACGAGGCCGACCAUUUGACCCGUGAUGCGCAGGCGGCGCUGCGUCGGACGAUGGAGAAGUACAGCCCCAAUCUGCGGUUGAUCCUGCUGGCCAAUAGCACUUCGAAUAUCAUUGCGCCUAUCCGCUCCCGUACCCUGCUGGUCAGGGUGGCCGCGCCUACGGAGGAGGAUAUAUGCUCUGUUUUGAGCGCGGCUGGGAGGCGAGAGGGCUGGAAUGAGGCGAGUGAGCUCAAUAAGCGGAUUGCUAAGGAUUGUGGGCGGAAUCUUCGGCGCGCGCUGCUCAUGUUUGAGGCCAUUCAUGCUCAGAGUGAGAAGGUAACAGAUAGUACACCGAUUCCGCCUCCAGACUGGGAGGUGUUGAUCUCUGUGAUCGCGGACGAGAUUCUCGCUGAGCGGUCUCCGGCACAGAUUUUGCUGGUCCGCUCACGGCUGUAUGAUCUGUUGACUCAUUGUAUACCUCCAACGACGAUUCUCAAGACCCUCACCUUCAAGCUGAUCGCCAAGGUCGACGAUGCUUUAAAACCCGAAGUUAUCCAAUGGUCUGCUUUUUACGAGCAUAGAGUCAAGCAAGGCAGUAAAGUCAUUUUCCACCUAGAGGCAUUUGUCGCGAAAUUCAUGCGCAUCUACGAAAGCUACCUGAUGGGCAUGGAUUUUUAAACCGUAAAAUCAGACAAGAAACGAAUCAUGAUUGUAUUACUAUUCCUUUAUUCUUACUACAUAACGGAGAGAGUUUCCUGGCUUUGUGUUGAUGUGCCUCUCGGCGAUGGACGGAGUUGGUUUUGACCUAGUAUAGUACAUCUGCGAAGAUCUUCGAAAGAUAGAGACUAUCGGGGCUUAUGUAUUAGCCGAGAAUCCCUUUACACUGAUAAUAAGGAUAUUAGCACUUCCAUGCUAGCUACGGC